AUGAAUACUGGAAGUUAUCCUACAUUUGUGACCGCUGCGCCGGCAACUUCGUUUAAUACCUGUUCGAGUGCAAACAUGACUCAAGUGAAUACAGGAAACAAAUAUACAAAUGUUCAGCAACAAACUGAUACAUCAAAUACUAAUACAGUAGUUAAUACUUCUAAUACUAGUGGACAAGUUGUUGCACUGUUAAACAGUGAUGAAGCUGGUGUAACUUACUUAAGGCCACUAGAUUCAAAUGGUUUUGCUGUAAAUCUAGCUGGAGUUGGGUCAUCUAACCAACAAGGACAAAUAUUUACUAUUCCCAUAACUGUUCCUGGUUCUAAGCCUGGAGAACAAAGUCAAACUAUACAAAUUCAAGUAGUUGGACAAGGCGGUAUAUCUGGUGAUAAACUUUUGCCUGUUUUUGGACCAGUAUUACAACUAGCGUAUAACCAACAACAAGACAAUGGAACCAUUCAACUUCAAUUACAGCAAGAAGGUGAUGUUUCAAAUGACCAAAUACAUAACAACAACAAUGAUUCAAUGCAGUCGUCGGAUUUAUUGCAAGACGUUCAAGAGGACCAAGAUAUGAUACAAGAUGUUAAACCAGUAAUAAUCGAACAAAGCGGCACAGAUAGUAAUGGUAUACCAUUUCCAUUGGCAGUAGUGGUAAAUCAAGAUAUGGUUGUGCGGCGUAAUCAGCAAGACAACAAAAUAAUUGGCGAUCAAAAAGAUAAUCAGGCGGACAAACGAUUAAGAAUUCAAAAUGAACAAGAUUCAGCAAAUCAAUAUGUUAUGACUUACUCAUCGAAUUCAAAUAAUUCUGUUUCAUUGGCUGAUUAUAUAUCUAUGAAUCAUGAUAAUAUACCCCUUGGACAUUUUUUAAAAUUUUCACCCGAUAAUAAUAAAAGAGAUAGUAUGGAAUCAUCUGGUAACCAAGAUGAUGGCACUAGUGAAAUGGUAGUUUACGAAGAUACCAAUAGUGGGGAAAAGGGUAAAAGAAAAAAAAAAUACAAAAAGAAACCACCGGCUGCUCGAAAACCACGACCUGGUCAAAUACAUAUUGCAACUGCCUUAGAUGGUACUCUUCUGUUUUGUUGUCCAGAAUGUAGCAUGGCUUACCCCGAUAAAGAAAUGCUUGAACAACAUUUAGUUGCUCAUAAAAUAGAAAGAAGAUUUAUAUGUGACCUGUGUGGUGCUGGGCUGAAACGAAAAGAACAUCUAGAACGACAUAAAUUAGGUCAUAAUCCAGAACGUCCAUUUGUUUGUAAUGUGUGUUGUAAAGGUUUCAAAAGAAAAGAACAUUUGAAUUUGCAUGCUGUGAUCCACUCAGGUGUAAAGACUGAAGUAUGCCAGGAUUGUGGUAAAGGUUUCUACCGGCGAGAUCAUUUAAGAAAACAUACUCAAAGCCACAUUACUAAACGUUUAAAAGAAGAACAUGCAGCUCUUCAACAAAUGGCAGAACAAGUAACAGUGUCAGAUCGUCAGAAAAUGUCCGUCCCGGAGCUAAUCCAAAAUCAAAGCCAUUCAGGACCAAUCAUUAACUUGGCACACCAAGAAAUGAUAAUUGAUGCUGUUGCUAGUGGAAGAAACGAUAGUCCUACCCCUCCAAGUGAUCAUCAAAUUGUCAUCACCAAAGGCAACCAAAAACUUACUGAACAAGAGUUGAUUAUACUACAGCAGCAGCAAAUUCAGCAGCAGCAACAGCAACAGCAGAUUCAGCAGCAACAACAACAACAACAGCAGCAGCAACAACAACAACAGCAGCAGCAACCAAAUAGUCCAAAUAUAGCCCAACAAGAGAUGAUCAUUGAGGCUGUAGGACAACAACAUCAAAGUCCAUCUCCACCACAUGUGGAACACCAUCAAGUAGUUAUUACUAAACUAGAACCAAUAGAAGAUUCUAGAGGAGAAAAUGAAAGUAUUGUUUUGACGCAGUCUGAUGCUAGAGAAGCACUUGGUUUACUACACCAUCAAUCUCAAUGA